AUGCACAAGAAGCUGGAACUUGAGGAGGCUGCUUGGGCACGGCUGGUUGAGCUUGACCCUAGGCACAGCGGUGACUAUGUGCUCCUCUCAGAUCUGUAUGCUGCUGUUGUGAGGUGUGUCCAUGUGCUUAGGAAGACAAUGAUCACGCAUGGAGUGAGAAAGAACCCAGGGCAUAGCCUUGUGGAGCUCCGCAACUCUGUGUAUGAGUUUGUUAUGGGCGAUAGAUCACAUCCCAAGAGUGAGCAGAUAUACCAAAUGCUUGCUCAGAUAGCUGAGAGAUUGAGGCACCAAGGUUAUGUCCCUCGCACAAGCAAUGUAUUGGCAGAUAUAGAGGAGGAAGAGAAAGAGGCUGCCUUAAACUACCAUAGUGAGAGGCUGGCCAUUGCCUUUGCCUUGCUCAAGUCUCUUCCUGGUACUCCUAUCAGGAUAGCGAGGGAGGACGAGAGGUCGAACCGGUGCAGAGCGAAGCUUUUUGGAGUGCAUCUGCAGAACCACUCCAUGGUCACUGGGAUGCUCUCAAUCGACGACGUCUUUAUAUGA